AUGCUGGAUUGCAAGCCAGCUGACACACCUAUUGAACAGAAUCACAAAUUGGGAAUGUAUCCAGAUCAAGCUCCUACUGAUAAAGAAAGGUAUCAAAGGUUAGUUGGGCGAUUGAUUUAUCUAUCCCACACACGCCCUGACAUAGCUUAUGCUGUGAGUGUGGUAAGCCAAUUCAUGCAUCAACCGAGUGAAGCACACAUGAAUGGAGUAAUACGAAUAAUGCGAUACUUGAAGACUACUCCUGGAAAAGGAUUGAUGUUCUCCAAACAUACACCUAUGGAUCUUGAAGGAUACACUGAUGCUGAUUGGGCAGGGUGUAUCACGGAUAGACGCUCAACUUCUGGAUAUUUUACAUUUGUGGGUGGCAAUUUAGUUACUUGGAGGAGUAAGAAACAAAGAGUUGUAGCAAGAUCCAGUGCUGAAGCUGAGUUUAGAGGAAUGGCUCAAGGAUUAGUAGGUGCAAAAAUGAGAAUUGCUUUUGGAUUACAGUCUGAGGUGAGGUUCCAAGCAUUAGAAUCAUAUUUAGGUUGA